CCGACACUGGUAGUCUCCGGAAGCAUGCAAGCAUGCAUCACCGCUGUUGCCUCCGCCAAGAACAUGGUGUCGUGGACCGCCGCCGCCAAGUACAUUGAAUCUGCCGCCGCUGCUGGCAAGGACAUCACCGCCGCCGCCAAGGACGAGUCACUGAGAGGUGCUUCAAUGUCCAAGUUGCUGAGUGGUGCAUGCAUCCGCUGCUGCCAAGGCCAUGCUGCCGCCGCCACCAACGACGACACCAACGACGAAGAGCUGAGCGGUACCACCAAGUACAACGUCGCUGCCGUCGCUGCCAAGGACACGGUGCCGCGAGUCGCCGUCGCCAAGGACGAGAUGUUCGGUGGUUCCAAGGACAAGCUGCUCGGAGUGGCCACCAUGGACGAGAUGCUUAGAGGUACCACGGCCAAGGCAAAUACAGUAGAACUAUCGCUGAAGAGAAUAGUGGACGGGUAAUAAUACUUCAUCAAGAUUGAAUGCACAACUAGUUCUUUUAGAAGU